UCUUGACUUGUAAACAUACUCCCGACACCGGGGAGAAAGUGAUAUACCACCGCCAAGACCGACUAUCGUGAGUUGCGCCGUGCUCGUCUGUGAUAGUGAUUGUGAUUUUUGGUGCUCGUUACUGGAUUAGAAUUGGAAUGCCGAUGAACAAAAUGCGACUACAGAUCGCGCUGCUGCUGGCGGCGUUGACGGCGGUUUCCUGUGAUUCAUGGUCGUGGAACAAGGACAAGUCGAGCGGAGAUGCGAGCUCAGGAAACCCUGUGGUCGCCCCAACCCCUGUUCCAGCCACCGGCGAGGGGCAAAAGAACGAAGGGCCCGCUGACAGGGAAGGGCGCCACCUAGAGGUCACCGAUGACCUCUACGUUGACCCCGAAAGCAAACAAGAGCUGGCCGGAAACGAUACCGAGCCGAGACACUUUGUUCGGGACAAACUUUGCGGGCUUGGAUUGAUGGCGUGUGACGAAGAAGAAGAAUACCAAGACGGCACGAAUCCGGAACCAAAAAGGAACAUCCGACCGGCCGACAUAAUUUACGCUCAGCCAGUGCGACUUAAGCCGGUCGGUGGACCAAUCGCGGCCGUUCCCAUCAAAGGAGGCCCCCCAUCUGCCGGCGGCUACGGCGGUCACCCCGACUCCUUCGGACCCCCCUCCGGCUACGGACCCCCUCGCCCGGUCCCCUUCCCCUCUGGCUCCUCUUCUUCCUUCUCCGGGAGACCUUACGUGUCCGGAUCACGGCCCCCUCCAGGACCAAUUAGCUACGGUGGUCCACGACCCAGGCCCCCCUUGACCCCUCCCACUGGACCUUACAUAGAGGGGUCUGAGUUCCAUGAAAUUGGCAAGAAGCCCAGUUUACAAGUGACAGCCCAACACGGAGUUCAGCAACACGUCCAUCACCAUUUCCACCACAACGCCGAUAAAACCCCCGCUGGAGUUGUCGAGCAGUCUAUUGAGCCAUCUUCUCUCACCUACGGUGGACAGUCUCUGGGAACCUAUGGUAGCAAUUACGAUAAUUACGCCGUUAGCCAAGGACCUUUCUAUAAGAAAGAACUCAACCUAAAUAAACCUUACGUAGGUAACUCUCUACAGACGGCCUCGGGAAAUAAUUACGCCGACAGAUACCCAGCUUACGAGACACCAAGAGGUGAGGACGACUGCUACUGUGUGCCAUGGGACCAGUGUCUCCCCCAUGAGGUCCUUCGCAAAGAGGAUGGAUACGCUAUUGACCCCCGAACUGUAAACAAACCCGACAUCCAAGCUAUCGGUUUAGAUGACGUUGUCAUCACCGACGGAAAUGGUACGAUCAUAUCUCACCAUAAACGAGAGGAAUCUUCAGAAGAGAGUGAUAAGACGAGAUCCAGGAGGCAAACAGAGGAAAGAGAAGGUCCUCUCGAUUCCGUUGAUUUGGAUAGCAAAGCCGCGUCUGAUGAGCAGAUCUCCCAGCGGAGGAAGCUGAGCCUUGGAGGCGGAGGAGGCGACGUGGAUGCUGACACCGCCGGCAGCGGGCUCAAAGUCCGGCCGACGUUCGGCGUGUCCUUCGGGCUCCCGUCUGGAGGAGGCGGUUACCCGGUCAACCCCUACAGUCCCCUCAACCCGGCGCUGAACCCCUACGGCGGGUCCAUCGGGGGUCCGAACGGGGUCAACCUCGGCCUGGUCAACGUCAACCCCCUGCUCUCGCUCCAGGUCACCAAGGACGAGUACGGCGAGAAGAUCGUCAAGCCCCUCGUCAACCUCCACGUCACCCCGAACCAGGGGCUCGUCGACAAGUUCGGCUACCUCGUCCACAAGUUCAAGCACCACCCCUACGGCUACGGACCCGGCUACGGACCCGGCUACGGACCCGGGCUCUACCACCACCAUAACCACUACCACACCUUCCGCCCGCCCUCCUACGGCCCGGGCUACUACAGGCCCCCGCGCCCCCACUACUCUUCCUACGGCCCGCCCCCCUACUACCCCAUCACCAGCCCCUCCCACCACUCGCCUGAGUACACCCACUAUGCACCCGAGUACAACUCCUACCGAGAUAUUGAUGAUACCCCAGAGGAUACCUACGGGGGAAGUACUUACGGAGGAGGUUCUUACGGAGGAGAGGAGCUGAACGAAUACGACGACUACUACCGAAACAACAACGUGUCCGUAGCGGCUGACCAGAACUCUGUCCGGUUCCAGUCUCGCGAGGCGCAAGGGACGAUGCAACCUUACGCCACGCCCGCUACGGGGACGACGACAGGGGGUGGGGCUUCCGGCGCCGGUAAGGUAGCCUUCCCGAGCGAUCGUAGGUCUUCCGAAGAGGUGUCGUUCCGCAGUAAGCGGGACGCCGAUGACGUCCAAAAAAGGCAAGCAUACUAUGGUGGACCGAACAAGUGCGGCAGAGCUCAAGUUUGCUGCAGGAGGCCUUUAAGGAAACAGAGCUACAGACCAAAGCCCGUUGGUUACGCACAGUGCGGUAGAAGGAAUGCUCAAGGAAUCAAUGGAAGAAUCAAGAAUCCCGUCUUUGUUGAUGGUGACAGUGAGUUCGGUGAAUACCCGUGGCAAGUAGCAAUCUUGAAGAAGGAUCCCCAAGAGAGUGUUUACGUUUGCGGCGGAACUUUGAUAGAUCAGCUUCACAUCAUUACUGCCGCUCAUUGCGUAAAAUCCUACACUGAGUAUGAUCUACGCGUACGUCUAGGUGAGUGGGACGUCAACCACGAUGUAGAAUUCUACCCGUACGUCGAACGUGACGUAGUUGGGUUGGUAGUUCACCCAGAGUUCUACGCAGGCACCCUCUACAACGACAUCGCCGUGUUGCGAUUGGACAAGCCUGUCGAUUUCACCCAAUCACCGCACAUCUCUCCAGCCUGCCUCCCGGAUCAGUAUUCUGACUACGCUGGCACCCGCUGCUGGACCACUGGAUGGGGCAAGGACGCUUUUGGGGAGCAGGGCAAAUACCAGAACAUCCUCAAGGAGGUGGAUGUACCAGUUGUUGGAUUCCAACAAUGUCAGUCGCAGCUACAGCAGACAAGACUUGGUUACGAUUUCAAACUGCACCCUGGUUUUGUGUGUGCUGGCGGUGAAGAGGGCAAGGAUGCCUGCAAGGGUGAUGGCGGCGGUCCCAUGGUAUGCGAACGUGGUGGCACCUGGCAAGUGGUAGGUAUUGUCAGUUGGGGAGUUGGCUGCGGUAAAUAUGGAGUUCCUGGAGUCUACACCAAAGUUGCCUACUACUUAGACUGGAUCCGACAAGUCACACAGAGGAUAUAGAUCUCCUAGUCACAUCAUGUCUUCAUUCUGAACUUGACAAUCUCGUCGCUAGCUGUUCAAUACGGAAAAUCUUUCCCUGAUUUUAAGCCAUGCAAAAUAGGUGGCGGUUCUUUCGCGGCAGCACUUGUCGAGAGGAUUAGUUUCCGAGGAGCGUAUAAUGUGAGCUUUCAUCACACACUCUAGUAUUGAUACGACUUAAAUAACUUUGAGUUGGGAUCAAAAGAUAUGACAUAAUUAUUCCGGAAAAAUCGUUUAACUAUUUCGCUAAAUCGAUCUUUGGUUAAGAAUGAACCACAAAAAUCCGUAAUUUAAGUAUGACGCAAAAAAUGUUUAAAAUGGACAGCUAAUUCAUAAGACCUUAUGAUACAUAGUUCGCAGUUAAAGGAGCCUCCUCAGAAAUUCUAAUAAGACAAGAACGUCCGGAAAAUUGAAUUCCGAUUUUCCUCUUUAUUUCAUUGUGUUUUGAACGGUAUUUCAUCACUCUUAACCCAUAUGAUGUAAGCCCACCUAUUUUCAGUAUACCUACCUAUCUCGGCGGAAAAUUACACGGUUUUAUUAAAAUUAUUUGGCGUAUUUCCCCAACGCACAAUCAAGGUGUUCAAUCGUCUCAUAAAAAAAGAAGAAUAGAAAGAAAACACUGAUAUGAUACCGCAAUUCAUCUAAAAGAAUAAUUGGGAUAAUAGAGAACAAUUUCUACGCGUGUGAAUCAAAUUUUAAUUGGGGAAUUUCGACACGAUUUCCCGCUUGUGCUUGCCGCGUGAACCGUCGAUAACCUUUCAAUUCAAUUUCAAUCUAGUUUUGAUAAACCGCAAUAUCUCCUGGCUUUGAACUUGCCAUUGGUGGGCACGCACAGCGUCAUAUAGACGCAGCAUGAUUGUUCGAAGACAUAACUUCGAGUUCACUUUUUCACCUAUUUAUUCUUAGAAGUUGUUUGUUAAUUACUUAUUUAUUGAUAAAUUGUAUUUUUAGUCGCUCGGUGAUAUUCCCGAUGAACUGCGAAAAAAGAUUGCUGAAAUUUAUGAAAGAAAGUAAUCCUCUUCCGUCUGCGGCCUCUUUCACUUGCACAAUAAAAAUGACACAAACAUGGAAAAUACGAUGACCGUACAUCGUAAAAAUAAUUUGCUUCGGUAAAUACUUCAACAAACGUUCUGAAUCAUCGAAAGAUUUGUUUACUACUUCAGUUAAUUAACUUAUUUUUCAUUCAUUAUUUUUUCCAAAUUCGAAGAUAUCGCAAAAUGCAUCGUUGGUAAUAGCUAAAUUGUUGCCACUCUAAAAGUUCCGAAAAAAUGCAACAUACUUUUUUGCACUUGUAAAUAUAUUUGUGCAGGUGAGAGAACAGCUGUAAAAACUUUUGUAAAUAUAGGAGGUACUUUAUACCGUAGUUUUAUGUGCUCUCUCUUUUCAUGAUUUCGGCAUCAAACAGUAUUACCUUAUAGGUAGAAACGUACUUUGUUAUCGUUGUACAAUAAUUAAUUUAUUUAUUAAAUUAGGGGUGAACUAUGCCCGAUGUGUCUCUAUGAAGUAAUGUUGUAUUUUAGUUGUAAGUGACAACUAAUGAGUCUGUAUAAUUUCUGCCAAAUAACACCUUUAGAACUCGACUUACUACCAACAUAAUAUCGGCAAUUGUUGAGAAACAGUCUGAUAAACAAGUUGUAUAAAAAUUUAUUGAUGAUGUAAAUAUGAUUAAAACUUGAGAAUGAGUGGAAAAAUAUACAACAUGUAAAUACAGAGAUAAAAUGCAUUAACAUUUUCCUUUCACCCAAACCCCCAUUUAUGCACACUAUCCUUUAAGGGUCGCUUCCGGGUAAAAAGACAAAAGUUUUUGGACAAAAGUAGAGGAGCACGUCGCCAAAAUGACAUCAUUUCGGCAACGCACCCGGGCCCUCUGUCCGUCUCCAAAAUGUCAAGUGUCUGGUGGUUCUGCAGUAAUCAUAAUUCAUGACUAAGCAGUGUCUUUGAGGAAAAAAUGAUUUUAAUGCAUGAAAUCUAGUAGAAUUAAGUGGUGAAAUAGAAAGUGAAGGUUGUCGCCAAAAUGACGGAAAGCCCACAUUUUCACACCAACGUCCCUCUGAAAACAUCGUACCUUGAGGACAGUUCGCUGCAAGUAUCAAUAUUAAACUUGACGAGAUUUUUACCCUCAGAAAAUUUUUAUACCAAACUUGUAAGUAGACUCCGGAAAAAAAUAAAUAAAUAUAUGAUAAAAAAAAAA